AAAGAGAAUGAAGUAUAUAAAUGCAACCAUUUGGAGGAUCUCUGUUUUGCAAUAAGAAGAUGAUGAUCAUCAAGACUCACUUUCUCUCUCUACAUUUCCCCAUUCUUCUUCUUCUUCAGAUUAUAAUCGCCACCAAAGCUGAUUUAUUGACAGUCGGCAGCGGCGUUGGUGUCGAAAUUGGCAUCGGCGGCGGAGGCGGCAUUUGGAUUGGAGGAGGAGGAGGAGGAUCAAAUAAUGUUCCUGAUUCUCCGGCCAAUAUCCCGUCUGCAAGUCUUGCUCCGGCAUAUACAGCUCUCCAAGCAUGGAAAUCUGCAAUUAAAGAAGACCCAUUUAAGAUUCUUGCAUCAUGGGUUGGAUCCAAUGUGUGUAAUUACAAGGGAGUCUUCUGUGCACAACCUGAACAAGGCUAUGGUUUAACCGGUCCCGACGGUCCAAUCGUCGCCGGAAUAGAUCUAAACCGUGCAAAUCUACAAGGAACACUUGUAAAAGAACUUUCCCUCCUCACUGAUUUAUCAAUCUUUCAUCUAAACAGUAACAGAUUCACAGGCACCAUUCCUCAAAGCUUUAGUUAUCUUUCAUCUUUAACUGAACUAGACUUAAGCAAUAACCAUUUCUCCGGUCAAUUUCCAAUUUCCGUUCUUUACAUACCAAAUCUUCUCUACUUAGAUCUAAGAUUCAACUUCUUCUAUGGUUCAAUCCCAGAAGAUCUCUUUAACAAGAAUCUAGACGCAAUCUUCCUCAAUAACAAUCAAUUCAGCGGCGAAAUCCCAUCAAAUUUGGGGAAUUCUCCAGCAUCAGUAAUCAAUUUAGCCAAUAAUAAAUUCAUUGGAAACAUCCCUUUUAGUUUGGGUUACAUAAACCCAAAAUUAAGAGAGAUUCUUUUUCUGAACAAUCAACUCACUGGCUGCAUUCCUCAAUCAAUUGGGUUAUGGCAAUAUUUGCAGGUUUUUGAUGUGAGUUUCAAUUCAUUAAUGGGUCAUUUACCUGACACAAUUUCUUGUCUUUCGGAUAUUGAAGUUCUGAAUUUAGGACAUAAUAAACUUUCCGGUGAAGUGCCGGAUCUGAUCUGUGAUCUGAACAGACUUAUGUAUCUGACUGUUGCUUAUAAUUUCUUUUCUGGGUUUAGUCAAGAAUGCUCCAAGUUAUCGUUUAGGAAUGUGGGUUUUGAUGUAUCAUUGAAUUGUAUACAUGGGAGGGGAAUGCAGAGGCCGGAGCCGGAAUGUUCCAUUAUUCCCGGCGGUGGACUUAAUUGCUUGAGAAUACCGGUGGUUCAGCCUCUUGUAUGUGCAAUACUCUUUGAUAUUCAGAAGAAUAGUAAUAGAAUUCCUUCUUCUUCUUCUUCUCCAUGAAAGAGACAGAAGACGCCAUUGUUAUGGAUAACUGUGAAAAGCUUGUCAAUGGGAAAACCUAUUUAAGUUUACUGUUUUCAAUGUAAAUUGUAAAUUACUUUUUUUUUUAAUCAACUUAGAACAUUUAAUGAUGGUAAUUCAC